AUGGCCGCCGCCACAAUGCCGUCGCUGCUCGCCUUCUCCGCCGUCCUCCUCGCGCUCCUCUCGUUCCCGGCCGCGGAGGCCCGCAUCCCGGGCGUGUACACCGGCGGCGGCUGGCAGAGCGCGCACGCCACCUUCUACGGCGGCAGCGACGCCUCCGGCACCAUGGGCGGCGCUUGCGGCUACGGCAACCUGUACAGCCAGGGCUACGGCGUGAACAACGCGGCGCUGAGCACGGCGCUGUUCAACUCGGGCCAGAGCUGCGGCGCCUGCUUCGAGAUCCGCUGCGUCAACCAGCCCGGCUGGGCCUACUGCCUCCCGGGGACGCCCUCCAUCCUCGUCACCGCCACCAACUUCUGCCCGCCAAACUACGCGCUGCCCUCCGACGACGGCGGCUGGUGCAACCCGCCGAGGCCGCACUUCGACCUCGCCAUGCCCAUGUUCCUCCACAUGGCGCAGUACCGCGCCGGCAUUGUCCCCGUCACCUACCGCCGGGUGCCGUGCAGGAAGUCCGGCGGCGUCCGCUUCACCGUCAACGGCUUCCGGUACUUCAACCUGGUGCUGAUCACCAACGUGGCGGGCGCCGGCGACGUGGUGCGCGCGAGCGUGAAGGGGUCCAGCACCGGGUGGAUGCCCAUGUCCCGCAACUGGGGCCAGAACUGGCAGUCCAACUCCAUCCUCGUCGGCCAGGCACUCUCCUUCCGCGUCACCACCAGCGACCGCCGCACCUCCACCUCGUGGAACGCCGCGCCGCAGAACUGGCGCUUCGGGCAGACCUUCGAGGGAAAGAACUUCAGGGUCUGA